AUGCUGUGGGCUGCUCAUCAGCUUGGAAGCUGUAAAACAUUCCCCCUUAUUCCCAGCGUGGUGGUUGUAAAGGACAAAGACUCAGGACAAAUCAGCUGUUCUUUAUUGUCCCCAUUCUGGAGAGCCACAGCUUUUAUGGAAACCCUGAGUAAGCACCUGGAAUACCUUGGGCUUUGUGGAGAUGACACAGAAGCUGAAGAUCAGAUCCUUGAAAGUUUGAAUGGGAUUCUCCUGGCUAUUACUGAAGAUAAGCAGAGAUCCUUCCACCUACUCACAGGGAGUGGGAUCUUCCCAACUCUGGCAAAGAUCCUGAAGGGCAAUCCACGAUGUGCAGUGAAAGCAGCCCACGUGCUCUCAGAGAUAGCCAAAAAUGAGGAAAUGAAGAAGCCAUGUAUGGAAGCAGAUUUGGUUCUAACACUGAUCCCUUUGCUGGAGAGCACAGACCAAGAGAUGCUGCUCCAUGCUGGGAGGGCCAUCGGCCGCAUCUGCUACGAUAACCGUGCCCUUCAGGAGGAGCUGGUGAGGGUUGGAGUGAUCCCAUCACUGGUCCGAAUUCUGACUGACCAUGCAGAGAGUGAACCACUUGUCCAGGUUGCUCUGCUGGCCUUGUACAACUUGGCAGACCUUGAUUCAGCCAAGGAAGCUCUAAGCACGACAAAAGUUGCUGAACAGCUGGUGAAACAACUGAGGAGAGCAGAGAGCCAUGAGAGGUUAGAAAUUGUGUUUGAGGUCCUGCAAGCACUUGCAGAAAAUGAUGCUCUGAAGGUGCAGUUGGUGGAUGCAGGUGUGCCAGAGGUGCUGUCUGAGAUCCUGCUGAGGCUCCAUGGCAGUUCCCAAGCUGAAGAUACAUGCAUUGUGAAAGCUGCAUCAGAUCUCAUUGUCUCUCUGCUCCUUGGAGAUGGCAACUGCCUGCGGAUGUUCCAGCUGGGAGUCAUCCACCAGCUCCUGGAUCUUCUGGAGAAGCACAUCCAGAGCAGGGACACCUCUGUGCAGCAGGCUGCCCUCAGUGCUCUGCAGAACCUUGCUGUCCCAGCUGUCAGCAAGGCGCAGCUGCUGGAGGAAGGCAUCGCAGGGCGGAUCCAGGCGCUGCUCAGCUCCCAGAGCCCCCCCGUGCAGUUCAAGCUCCUCGGAACCCUGCGGAUGCUGGCGGAUGGUCAAGCUGAUGCAGCUGAAAUCCUGGGCCAAGACCCCCAGCUGCUCAGCAGGCUGGUGCAGUGGUGCAGCGCGAGCGACCACAGCGGCAUCUGCGGAGAGGCAAACCGGCUGCUGGCAUCCAUCCUGCACCACAACCGCUCCCAGGAAGUGGUCAAAGCCAUCCAGGCAGCACAAGGAGUGAAGCAUCUGGUUUCCAUGACAACAUGUGAACACACUGCCAUGCAGAAUGAGGCUCUGAACGCCUUGGCAAUAGCAUCUGCCAUCGAUUUAGAAACCCUUGAAGAAUCUUUUAAAGAAUCACAGCUAGUUCAAAGCUUACACAAACUUCUACAAGAUGAUAAUACAAGUCCUGAGGUGAAAUACAAUUCAAUGGGCCUUUUGUGCAGACUUCUUAAUUCAGGUGAUCUGAGACAAGAAAUAGAAGAGAACAAGAUCAAAGACACCCUCGAGCAACUCUGCAGUCACAGCAAUGCAAAUGUGGCCAAGGAAGCCAGCACAACAUUGCAGGUUUUGAGAGGAGAGCCACCCCACUAACCUCCCUCCUCCCACAUGGCAAGCCAGCACUGCUGCUGAGGCAGACACCACCAGUGGGCAACCCUUGCAUUUGUCCUGCUGCUGCACAACCAGCACUGCUGAAGCCCAGGUGCAGCUCCUGCUUUGAAAGCUGUGUAUAAAAACCCCUCAUUAGCCCAACUCUUUGGCCUGAUACUUGCACCACUGCUCCUCUUCACUGAUCCACUAACACACAGCAGCAGGAGAAAGUCCUGUCAAGCAAAUGGUGUUAAGAAACAUCACAGGAGAAACAUCAGGCAAUUACCAGACAUUAUAAAUUUUUCAGCUCCUUGGUUUUGUGAGAUUAGGAUACACACUUGCAAUUUUUCUUGUAUCAAUGGGACUUUUAAAUAAUUAUAUAAAAGUCUUAACCUUUUAUCAUGCAACCUGAAACACGAGUUAGAUUAAAGCUGUAUCUUAAACAAUGUAAAGGGCUAACUAGCACCAUUUCAACAUCUGCACAUUGUGAAUCACACUGUGAGCUUAACUGUUGGGUGAACAUGUUAAAACCAAAACUUUCUUUAAGCUAACAACUCCUUCAAUCUCCAGUUUUAAAGCUUGCCUCUGAAACCAACCAACUCCUGUCACAAGUUUUAUUCCUAAAUACUUGAGGAUACAGUCUUGUCCUGAUUUC